GGAGGGGCGGCGACGCGAGCGGCGGCGGCGGCGGCGGCGGCGGUUCCAGCAUGAAGAGGAGAGCUGGCCUGGGGGGCAGCAUGAGGUCAGUGGUGGGCUUCUUGUCCCAGCGGGGCUUGCAUGGGGACCCCCUGCUCACUCAGGACUUUCAGAGGAGACGCCUGCGGGGCUGCAGAAACCUCUACAAGAAGGACCUCCUGGGCCACUUCGGCUGUGUCAAUGCCAUUGAAUUCUCCAACAAUGGAGGCCAGUGGCUGGUCUCAGGAGGAGAUGACCGUCGGGUUCUGCUAUGGCACAUGGAACAAGCCAUCCAUUCCAGGGUGAAGCCCAUACAGCUGAAAGGAGAGCACCAUUCCAACAUUUUUUGCCUGGCUUUCAACAGUGGGAAUACCAAAGUGUUCUCUGGAGGAAAUGAUGAGCAAGUUAUCCUCCAUGAUGUUGAAAGCAGUGAGACUUUGGAUGUUUUUGCUCAUGAAGAUGCAGUAUAUGGCUUGUCAGUGAGCCCAGUGAACGACAACAUUUUUGCCAGCUCCUCAGACGAUGGCCGGGUUCUCAUUUGGGACAUCCGGGAGUCUCCUCAUGGAGAGCCCUUCUGUCUGGCAAACUAUCCAUCAGCCUUUCACAGUGUCAUGUUUAACCCAGUGGAACCCAGGUUGUUGGCCACAGCCAAUUCAAAGGAAGGAGUUGGACUCUGGGAUAUUCGAAAACCUCAGAGUUCUCUCCUGCGCUAUGGUGGCAACCUAUCUCUCCAAAGUGCCAUGAGUGUGCGAUUCAACAGCAAUGGGACCCAGCUCCUGGCCCUACGGCGGCGCCUGCCCCCUGUGCUCUAUGACAUCCACUCUCGCCUGCCGGUGUUCCAGUUUGACAAUCAGGGUUACUUCAACUCGUGCACUAUGAAAAGUUGUUGUUUUGCAGGAGAUCGUGACCAGUAUAUCCUUUCAGGCUCUGAUGACUUCAACCUAUACAUGUGGAGAAUUCCUGCAGAUCCAGAAGCAGGUGGCAUUGGCAGGGUGGUCAAUGGUGCCUUCAUGGUGCUGAAAGGGCAUCGGUCUAUUGUUAACCAGGUUCGAUUUAAUCCCCACACCUACAUGAUCUGCUCUUCUGGCGUAGAAAAGAUUAUCAAGAUCUGGAGCCCAUACAAGCAGCCAGGAUGUACUGGAGACCUUGAUGGCCGGAUUGAAGAUGAUUCCCGCUGCCUCUACACCCAUGAAGAAUAUAUCAGCCUUGUGCUGAAUAGUGGGAGUGGCCUGUCCCACGAUUAUGCCAAUCAGUCGGUCCAGGAAGAUCCCCGGAUGAUGGCCUUCUUUGACUCCCUGGUUCGCCGAGAAAUUGAGGGCUGGAGCUCUGACUCAGACAGUGACCUCAGUGAAAGUACUAUCCUUCAACUUCAUGCAGGAGUCAGUGAGCGCUCAGGCUACACUGACUCAGAGUCCUCGGCCUCACUGCCCCGCUCCCCACCUCCCACAGUAGAUGAGUCUGCUGACAAUGCCUUCCACCUGGGCCCCCUUAGGGUCACCAGCACAAAUGCUGUGGCACCGACCCCACCAACAUCCACGUGUGAGGACGCAGCCUCUCGGCAGCAGCGCCUGUCUGCUCUGAGGCGUUACCAGGAUAAACGCCUUCUGGCUCUGUCCAACGAGUCUGAUUCUGAAGAGAAUGCCUGUGAGGUUGAACUGGAUACAGAUCUCUUCCCCCGCCCACGGUCACCCAGUCCUGAAGAUGAAUCCAGCAGUUCCAGCAGCUCCAGCAGCUCAGAGGAUGAAGAGGAACUGAAUGAACGCCGAGCCUCCACCCGGCAGCGAAAUGCCAUGCGUCGACGACAAAAGACACCCCGAGAAGAGAGGCCUAGUGCCCCAAUCAAGCCUACAAACACCUACAUUGGAGAAGACAACUACGAUUACCCCCAGAUCAAGGUGGACGAUCUUUCCUCCUCCCCUGCCUCCUCCCCUGAGCGGAGCACUUCCACCCUGGAGAUCCAGCCAAACCGAGCAUCACCAACUUCUGACAUUGAAUCUGUUGAGCGAAAGAUUUAUAAAGCUUACAAAUGGCUCCGCUACUCUUAUAUCUCUUACUCAAAUAACAAAGAUGGAGAGCCCUCCAUUGUGACUGGGGAAGCCGAUGAAGGGAGAGCAGGAACUAGCCACAAAGACAACCCAGCCCCUUCUUCUAGUAAGGAAGCCUGUGUAAACACGGCGGGGGCCCAGAGGAACCAGGACCUGCCCCCUGAAGGGCUUAGCAAGGAUGCUUUUAAAGAAGGGCCUUCCACUAGAAAUCCUAGCAAUGGCCCCGGUCAUGAGCACGGCAGCCAUCCCUGGGCAGAGGCAUCAGAGGGCACCUCUGAGGACACUAACAAUGGUGGCUCUCUAGAACACUCUUCUUGCGAAACCAAGAAGCUCAAUGGAAAGGCCCUAAGCAAGGCCCUGAGCAGCCAGGCUGAGGACCCACCUUCUCUUCCAGUCCCUAAGCCAUCUGGCUCUACUCUUGACGGUGGGCCUGGCAACCUCCCCAGGACCCAGUCUGAUGACCGUGAGGAGAGGAGCCUUGAAACCAUCUGUGCCAACCACAACAAUGGACGCUUACACCCCUGGCCCCCUCACCCCCACAACAAUGGGCAGAACUUUGGGGAACUAGAGACAGUGACCUUUUCUUCCCCAGGACACUCCAACACUGACCAUGAUAACUUGUCUGUGUCAGGGACUCUCCUACACAAAGAUUGUUGUGCGUCCGAAAUGGCCAGUGAGGCCACCAGUGCUGUAAUGAGAGAGGACCCCAUUGACCCCUCAGCCCCAGACAGCAGCCGGGCUGCUGAUGGCCACAGUGGCCUCAAAAGGCACCGAGUUGAAUUAGAAGAUACAGAUUCAGAGAAUUCCUCCUCAGAGAAGAAAUUGAAAACAUGAUAAAUACAAAGGGAAAGCAAACAGCUACAAACAGUAGCCUUACAAAUUUUAUCUUGUUAGUGAACAUGGAGGAAAGGAAAAAAGUAUUAAAGGCACAUAAAACCAGGGCCUAAAAUUUUGUGUCUACUGCUGCUCCCUUCUAUUCACUUCACCCGUGGGUUGGAAUGUCUAGCUAGCCAUUGGCUUGUGCUGUGUUGAGGAGCAAAGCUCCCUUCUAGUCAGCGAGAGCAAGGUUCUGGGAAAGGGAAUCCGUGUUGGGACGUUUGACUUGUUCUCGCAUGCAUGUGUGCACCAAUGCAUGUGAGCAUUUUGUCUCAUGAUACCUUUCUUUUAGCCAUCAGCAAGAACCUGUGGGUCUGUAAUUUUUGCCAUCUCACCUGUUCACAUGCCAUAGGGGUUCUGGUGUUGAUGGUGAAUGCUCUGUUAAUCAGAUUGUACUGCCAGUGAGUUGUAGAUUUAUGCUGGGAGAAUGCAAAGAAGCCUUCAGUCCAUUGGCUGUGCUGGAGGGGAGAACGCUACUCCUUUCUUAAAGGAAUCUUCCAUGUUCUCUAAGGAAUACUUCAUUGAACAUUUAAUGUGCACAUCCUAAAAACAGAGCAUUUUUAAUGCUAGUGAGAGGUUAGCACGUAAGAUCAGAUUCAAGAGCACAUGUUCCCUGAUAAAUUCCGCUGUUUGCAAACUGAGCGUGUGGCAAUGUGUACUGCAGAGGGGCCAUACAAUAUGACUAGUCACAGAUAACACAAUGUAGCCAGUCAGGCACUAGGUCAAGGCAUGUAGGCCAGCAGGUGCCUCCUUGAAUUCAUGUGAUGGAGGCUUGGCGUGUUGAAAGAAGGAGAAAGCACAGCUUUCAAGAGCUCUGUGCUCAAACUACUAAAGUGGAUAUUAGAGGUGUGUUAAUGAAGUGUAGUGAAGAACAGAAUGUGCUACUUUAUUCUUUUAAUUCAGUUCAAAACCAUUUGUCAGUGUUGGGCCUGGUGUCUUUCCUCAGGCUUACAGUAAAGAGGAUAUGGGGUUCUGAUUGAUCUUUGCAGAGCGGUAGGCAUCUCAAGGUGAUUUUCUUACUGAGUAGGUCUGUUAGGAGGCAGAGGGGAUAGGGAGAGUGGUGUUGGUUUCACUCCUGGCUGCAGAAGAGACUCAGUUCUGUUGAGGUAUGGAAUGAUUAAGAGGAAAAAAGACCCAGAGAUUUUCAGCUUUGUAGUGGUGGUUAGCAUCCCUCAAUGAAAGGUUAAGACAGGAAGAACUUGGAAUGAUCAAGUGUUUUGUUGACAGAGAGGACACUAAAGGCGGAAUACUGGCAAAACGUGAGGAAGAGAAAGAACAAUAACUUCAGUGCAAAGGUGCUAGAUAGCCAGGAGCCCCAUUGAGAUUGGUAAUAGGGGGAUGCUAGCACAAGGCUAGUAUGGUCUCACUGUCCAGCACUCCUUUUAGACAAGGAUCUGUCCCACUGGAACCUCAACCUAUGGGGGCUGAAGAAUGAAAUCUAGUGAUGGGGCUGGGUUCUGUAUGAAAGGAAAGUGUUUGGUGUGAGCCAAGAGGAAGUAACCAAGUUCUGCAAGGGAAGGUGUGCCUAGAAUGUGUGUGCUGUGGUUGGGUGUGAAGCACUGUGCUAGCAGGAGGCGGAGUGUGUGCGGUGGGGAUGCAUAUGGUUCAAUAACUGGACCCGUACGGGGGAAGUGGGACGAUGAUUCUGUAACUAAUAAUAGAAUUACUUUGGAUUUGUAAUCUAAAUGGUUCUAUAAUUUGUCUUUGACUAUUCAUGGAUAAUUGUAAAUUCUGGUUUUAUAAGCCCAAGUCAUUUUACAUUUGCUUUUCCAAAAUGUAUUAAAUUUGAAUUUUUAAUCCUUUAUAUACAAAAAAGAUAUAACCACUCAGUGUGUGUUUCUCUUCCCCUUCUUAGUCAGCACACCCAAUCCUUAUAGUUUGUUUUGUUUUAACCUGAUCAACAUAUAGCCUCUUCUGACUUCUCUAAAGACAGUCCUGAAGGAAAAAAAAAAAGAAAGAAAUUUCCUUAGGAACUAAGGAUGGUUAUAGUCCCCAAAUGCAGAACUUGGUCCUCGAUUUAAGGAGCCUUUACCUUGUUUUGGUUGCUCAAAAGAGAAGUUCAUAAUGUUCAUAAAGUCAGGUUUUAUUUUGGUUAACUAUAGAAGUCCAGGAAGACUGGGGGCAUGGCUCAGGUGAAAGAGUGCCUGCCUAAAAGUCAAAGAAUGUUGCCUGCCAUCCUUGAGAGAGAUGUGCAGCAUUGCAGUUCAGCUGGCCAGGAGACAGCAGCCCCAGGAUGUUCCCACUGAGCAGCUGGGAAAUGGGUAUUUAUUUUAGUUGCCUCACAUCUUUUGUGUGUGAUCUUGGCCCUGACCCCCUGGCCGGAACUACUACUAUAGCUCCUCUGCCUGCAUCGUUGUAGAAUUGAGGUCCCAACUUGAGAUGCACUUAAUCCCCAAAUGCUCCCAUGAUUAAGUAAUUUCCCUAGCAGGGCAGAUAGCACUGAUUAGAUUAAUGACUAUUUGGCAGUGCAUCUUAUAUUUUCCUCUACCCUCCACAUUCUGUACAUAAAGUUUUAAAGUGGCAGGUUCAGAUAGAUAAAACCUUUUCUCUACAUUUUAUUUCCACCUGGUUUUGUAAAUGAUUUUGUGGACAGCAGGUAAAUGAGUUAUAUAAGUUGUUGGCUUGGGGCAGGUAAAUGAGUUAUAUAAGUUGUUGGCUUGGGACAAAUGAAGUUGACAACUGUGAUCAAUUUAAUAAGCUGAGUCUCUUGUUGUCUGUCAAGGUGCCUUCCUCUGCUGGCCUUACCUCCUCACCGCCCCGGCUCUCCUCACCCAGAAGGCCGACUCUUCUCUUGUGUAUAUGCAAAUAAACUGUUAUUCACUUG